CCCAGGCGGGAAGUGCGCAGAAAGUGCAAGGCAGAAGGAGGAGCCCCUAGAAGUUCCGAGGGCGGUCGGACCCCAGCCGAGAGACCGAACGCGAGAAAAUGCGGGUGCCGGAGGUCGGUCGGGCCGCGUGCGCGCCGUCCGACCCCGAGGCCCUUCAGGUGCAAAGGGGCGGGGGCUGCAGGCGGCCGGCUGCAAAGCCGGGGCGGGACGGGCCGCGGGGCAUUUAAACCCGGCCGACCGCCAGCGACCGACACGCGCCCCGCUCCGUCCCUGCCUUCGGCCACCCUCUCCGCUUUGGACACCGGCCGGCGCGAUGCGGUCUUCCUUGGCUCCGGGCGUCUGGUUCCUCCGCGCGUUCUCCAGGGACAGCUGGUUCCGAGGCUUCAUCCUGCUGCUCACCUUCUUCAUUUACACCUGUUAUCACAUGUCCAGGAAGCCCAUCAGUGUUGUCAAGAGCCGUCUGCACCAGAACUGCUCAGAGCUGAUCAAGCCCAUCAACGACAGCCACAGUCUCAAUGAUACUACGUGGUGCGACUGGGCUCCAUUUGACAAGAACAACUACAAGGAGUUACUGGGGGCCGUGGACAAUGCCUUCCUUGUGGCCUAUGCCAUCGGCAUGUUUAUCAGCGGGAUUUUUGGGGAGCGGCUCCCCCUCCGUUAUUACCUUUCGGCUGGAAUGCUGCUCAGUGGCCUUUUCACCUCGCUCUUUGGCCUGGGAUAUUUCUGGAACAUCCACAUGCUCUGGUACUUUGUGCUUAUCCAGAUCUGUAAUGGGCUUGUCCAGACCACAGGCUGGCCCUCGGUGGUGACCUGCGUUGGCAACUGGUUCGGGAAGGGGAAGCGGGGGCUCAUCAUGGGCAUCUGGAACUCACACACAUCUGUGGGCAACAUCCUGGGCUCCCUGAUCGCUGGCGUCUGGGUGAACGAGCAGUGGGGCCUGUCGUUCGUGGUGCCUGGCAUCAUCACGGCAGCCAUGGGUGUCAUCACCUUCCUCUUUCUCAUCGAGUACCCUGAAGAUGUGGACUGCACGCCUCCUCAGCACCACACCAGUGAUGGUCUGGAAGAGAACCAGUACAGCCCUGAGGACCUUGGGAGUAGUCCCUACACUAACAAGGAGAGCAGCCUGGAGACGGCCGCCAGGUGCUCCAAGGAGCCAAGUGCUCAGCCUGCUGCUAUCAGCUUCCUUGGGGCACUCCGGAUCCCGGGUGUGGUCGAAUUCUCUUUGUGUCUGCUCUUUGCCAAGCUGGUCAGUUACACCUUCCUCUACUGGCUGCCCCUCUACAUCUUCAAUGUGGCUCACUUCAGUGCCAAACAGGCUGGGGACCUGUCUACCCUCUUCGAUGUUGGUGGCAUCAUAGGCGGCAUCAUGGCGGGGCUUAUCUCUGACUAUACCAAUGGCAGGGCCACCACCUGCUGCGUCAUGCUGAUCUUGGCUGCCCCCAUGAUGUUCCUGUAUAACUUCAUUGGUCAGAAUGGGAUUAUCAACUCCAUAGUAAUGCUGAUCAUCUGUGGGGCCCUGGUCAAUGGCCCUUAUGCGCUCAUCACCACUGCAGUCUCUGCUGACCUGGGAACUCACCAGAGCCUGAAAGGCAAUGCGAAGGCACUCUCUACUGUCACGGCCAUCAUCGACGGCACUGGGUCCAUAGGUGCAGCUCUGGGGCCCCUCCUGGCUGGCCUUAUUUCCCCCACAGGCUGGAACAACGUCUUCUACAUGCUCAUCUCUGCCGACAUCCUGGCCUGCUUGCUCCUCUGCCGGUUGGUGUACAAAGAGGUUCUCGCCUGGAAGUCAUCCCUGGGCAGAGACAGAGGCUCUAGUCUGGCCCUAACCCACCCGCGAUAGUAUUUUCCUCAAGUCCCAUGACUUUUGUAUAAAGAAAUAUGAGGGCCUUGAUUGGAAGAGAGGCAUGGAGGGCCCCAAAUGAUUCCCAAAGAGUUCUCCCCCUACCCCCACGGGGGCAAGACUAUGGAAACUGCCGCAGAUGUGGCUGAUGCAAGCCUCCUGACCUAACACUAGCCAGCCCACGGGCUGGCUAAGGGACUAGGAGAUUUGCCACGGGAAGGGACUGGAAGGCUCAAGGGCCUGCGCUCUGGAAGCCGCAGGCAGGAGGGCCCGGGGAUCAGAGCUGAGUGGUGUCUCCUCUCCAGCUUGGUAAGGGGAGGCUGUACUCAGACUGUAGCUUGUUCAGAUUCCAAGAAGGAAGGCAGAGGCCUGACGUGGACCAAGGCCUGGCAAAGGUGUGUCUCUCCUUCCCGUGUUCAGUGUGAACCUCCAUGACCAAGCCUGUACCUGCCGGUGGGUUUCUGACACUAUUUCAGAGCUGCCCAGCCUCACUUCACUUCUUUGUCCACGAGCUGGUUUUCUCGUGUAUUCCCCCACGUGUAUUUGAUCCUGUCUCUAACUCCUGACCUAAGUCGAUUAAAGUGUUACUGCUAUA